AGCGGCUUGUUUGUUCAGCGAUAGCGCAAUAUAUGUACGUGAGUAAUAUGUGGCUACGCAAAAUGUGUACACAUACACACAUUAUAACACUGUGUUACCCAACCUUGUGAUGACACAGUCCACAGGAAACACAACGUGGCUAUCAGCAUCCGCCGCAUUUUAUAUACACAAACAGGUCAGAUGGUUAUUAAUAAGUAACCGGCCCAGUGGCGGUCAAUGCGCUUAUACGAUAUGUGAUCCCUAUACAACGCUAUUUAGUGUUAGUUGUACUUUUUACUCAUUAUCGCACUAGAAACUGUGGAAAACACGGCCAUGGCUGCCAUAUGACCUUAACCUGUGGCACUAUAUUACGUAAGGGCCGUGUUUACAUCAUGCGAGUGCGCUGUUGCGCAAGGUGUGUUUUGCCACUAGUAGUGUUGAAGUGAUGGCCGUAGCUUCUCGGUAUGUGGCCUUCCAUGCUAACUGUUUGGACUAUCGUAGUACACAAAACACGAGUUUUGGCUGGGAAACACCGACAAGCAAGGAUACUUGGAUAAUGCUAAAAGAAGGCGUGUCCACAAAGCAGAACGACACUGACCUCUCUCCUAUAGACAACCAUCACGAUCCUUCGAAUGCUGAAGCGACAAGAACUUGUGAUCCGAUGGAUGAAAGCAAGGAUUUUCGAAAUGACCAUACUGGUGACGAGUCUUUAAGUGAUCUGUCCAGCGAAAGCGAUUACCCGUCCCAAUCCUCGUCAAUACCCACGUGUGUGGUGGCGCCGACCUCCACUGAUGCGGACGAGUACAUUCCCUCACGUAAACAGCGCGAAUUCAUCCCAGAAAAUAGGAAAGACGAUCACUAUUGGGAGAAACGUAGAAAAAAUAACGACGCCGCUAGGCGAUCGCGGGAAAAGAGGCGAUACCACGAUUUAGCUUUAGAAAACCGUAUUGUAGAUCUCACACGAGACAAUUGUGGACUACGCAAUGAACUGUAUGCUAUAAAGAAACGUUUUGGCAUACCUCUUAACGAGACAUUUGUGGGCGAAGACGAACCACCCCCUCUCCUACAUAAGAAACAGCCUGACAGUUCUAGUUCUCCUUUAGGAAGUGUUAGCGCAGUUGGUGGAUUGUCCCCGGGAAACCAAGCUAUGCCCACGGGUUACAUGCAGAUGGGGCCCGGGCGAGGGAGCCUCCCUGUGUCCGUACCUCCACCCCUCUUACACAUGGCCGGGGGUAUGCCUGUUGGAAUGAAUUUCGGUGCCAGUGGUCGGAUGCCGAUGUACGUUCCUGUAACAGCCGCUGAGGAAACAUCUCACCAGGUAUUAUCGAACUAUCAUCGCGAAACAGAAGAUUUUGAUGAGCAGCCACCGCCUGCACAUUCCCAGCGCGUGAAAAGGGAGCUCAAUCAGGAGGCCGGGUAUGGGUCGGACCUCGCUUCAUACUACCCUGGGGGUCGGGAAAGUCCUGUUUCACUCGUGUCUACCUCAAUGCCAUCGUCGGCGACCGUGUAUUCUCGGAGCCUAGCGCCUGCCGCCCCUUUCGCAGCACCGAUCAAACACACAAUGGACUAUUCCGAUGACAAUUCUACUCAGGAAGAACCUCUUUCUUUAACCGUCAAUAAAUCAUAUGGGGUUUCUGAAAAUGAAAGCUCAAAUACGACCUCAUCGUGUGAAAGUUUGUUAUCACAAAGUCCCCCGGCCACCGCCCUACCUCAUAAGCUACGUCAUAAAUCCCCCGGCGAUUUUGCCUCCUUCACCCAAUCCCCUGGCCAAUACAGCGGCUCAUUCGCACACUCAGCCGCCUUCGGCAACCCUCUAAUCAACGGUCUAGCUCAAUUGUCGGAGAUUGCUCUUGCUCAAUCAGGGCCUCUUCCUCUUCUCAAGUCGUCUUCAUCGGGGAGGAAGUCUGGCCAUAGGAAUAGUCCUCGUUCUCAUAUUGAUCCGAAAUACGCCGAAAGACGUCGAAGGAACAACGAAGCUGCUCGAAAAUGCCGAGAGAACCGAAAGAGUUUGACGAUGGUUCGAGAAGCCAAGUCUGACUACCUAGCAGGAGAAAAUGGAAAACUUAGAGACGAGUUGGACGAACUCCAGGACGAAAUGAGAAAGCUCAAGGAAAUGGUUGAAAAGAAGAAAAAAAUUAAGGGAAGUCAUUCCUAGGAACAAUCGAGUGGUGAUUCCAUUUGAUACAAACCAGUUCACGGGAUUUGAAAGAAGACGUCCAUAUUUCCAUAAGUACGGGUUAAACAGGAUCUGUGACGAAGCGCUCUGAGGCACCCCACGGGGACAUCCAUUUCAUUUCAAAAACUGAAAGGCAGCCGCCAUCUUUUAAAUGUUUAUCAGGUAUAUGAUAGGUCUUGCUGACGCUUGAACCUACCAACACUCAGGUACUAAUUAUAUCUAUCUCGUAUAUCAUGUUACCGUAACAUUUAUAUAACGUUAACAUUCACGCUAGCUAUUUCAUCAUUCUCACAUUUUGAAGUGAAAGAAAAUAUUUUUUAAAGCGUUUACCUUUUAUAGAUAAAGAAAUUAUUAUCAAAUAUAUAACUAUAAAGCAGGGAUUUGCCGCUAAACACGUGCACACUGAUCACGUGAUGCUUGUGUCUGGUGUCAGAAGCCACCUAUAUUCCAGGGCCCCAGGUGUCUGGGCUGUUGAAGAGUGGCUGAAAAGUCACUCUGAUGCAUAUAUAACAUUACGGGUGUACGUCGCCAGUGGUGACUUAUGUUAAAAUUAGUUUGUAUAUCUGUCUAUUUUGUGUUAUUUUUAAGAGUUUGCAAUCUAUUAUAUAUGUAUAUAUAUAUAUAUAUAUAUAUAUAUAUGUAUAUUACUUUUCACUUACACUUGGUCGAUUUGGUCACACACGAGAAUGUACAAACACUCCCAUUCGAUAUUCAAUCAAACAAAUUAUAAAGGCAAACAAAUCCGAUAAAUGUCUUAUUUAAAAGCCUAACGACAAAACUCAUCUUUCACUUUUACCAUCUUAAGGUAAAAUAGAGUUAGUUUUCAAAUAUUAGAUUUUAAAAAACCACUAAAACUCCAUGACGUACAUGGUUACACGCGUACGAGUAUAAAUCUAUUUAUAUAAUUGUAUUCAUACAUUAUGUAAUAAGGGAUUUUGUUUAUGCUAUACAUACUAUAUGAAUAGUCCAAAGUGUAUUCAGAUAUAUAUACCUGUAGAUCAAAUGAGUAUUAGGAUACUGUGGGCAUUAGUGACAGUAUAUUUGUAAAUGAAUUAUGACGGCACGUGCGUUUUGAUAGUUCACUAUUUAGACAGUACAUGUGUUUUGAUAAAAUACGGGUUUAAAUAGUUCUCAUGUAUGUAUUUAGCAGACACGUGUUUUUUUCACAAUACACGUGUAUUAAUUAUACAUGUAUAACGAUAUUACAGGUCGAUAUUAAAGGUGUAUCGUUAAAACAUGUGUGCUGAUAACACAUCUGUAUCGGUAUUACAUAUGUAUCGAUGUAACAUGUGUAUCGAUAUCACAUUUACUUCGAUGUAACAUGUGCAUCGAUAAAACAUUUGUAUCGAUAUUACAUGUACUUCGAUAAUACUUGUGUAUCGAUAUUAAAUUGUAAUCGAUAUUACAUAUAUUUCGUUAGUAUAUGUGUAACGACAUUACAUGCACAUGUAUUAUCGAUAUUACAUUUAUUUCGAUAAUAUAAACACACAUAUUUAAAGCGUAGUUUUACUGUAUGUUUAUGGACAAGUUUUAAGUAUGCAUGUAUGAUUUAUAAUGUACAUAUACUGCAUUCAAUACAAAAAUUGCUUAGUAUAUUACUGGUAAGUCCUAUGGAGAACCCGUAGGGUUGUUUGACGGGUACAUGUAUUCCAUAUGGCACACGUCAUAGCGAAAAUAAAGUACAUAAAUAUAUGUUAUACUCGUAUAUCAAAGUACCAUAACCCUCCACCAACUACAUAUGUACAUUUUUGUGUGCGAUCAUUCUCGCCGGUGCCUUUUUUCCCAUAUAUUUAAAUUUGUUUAUUGUUGAGGGAUACCUUUAUCUAUUUAUCUACUUUUUGGUCUUUUUAACAAAUUCAUUUUUGAAGGUGUAGCUCGUCGGGCUAUGCAUUCACAGUGGCUGUUUGGUGCAUAUUUAAUUUAUAUAUAGCUUUCGAGUACAUUCAUACACGACGUUCAAACGUGCCAUAUCGUUUAACAUAUAUAUUCAUGUGUAGACAUUGAAAUGUCUGGUUUUAUUGAAACGGAAAUAUUACAUAUUUAACGCUAUUAUAUAUUUCCUUUUUUUACUGAAUACAAAUACCUCAUCUAUCUAAAACGAAUUCCACAUUAUUCAGAUUUUUGUUAUAUUUUUGUCGAAUUAACUUAUGGCUAAUGCUAGAUCUUUCAUGCCCUAGCAAGUCCCUGUAGUUUUGUGGGUGAUAGAUUUGGUUUCAUUACUUUGUGUGUGUUUGUAUGUGCUAGUUAUAUUGUAUAUCAAUAUAUAUCUAUUUGUGUGUUUAUUAUAUCCUGAAAGUAAGUUAUGCAGUGAUCUUGCGUCAUGUGACGUCACGCCAGCAGGUCAUGUGACUGGGCCAUCGGUGAAAAGCUUUUAAGAUAUUCAAAAGUCACGCUUAAACGUAUUUUAAAUAUUUUCCUGUUAAUCCCUACUUGAAAGUUUAAGUGCUAUUUUACUGACUUAAUUCAGUGCCAUUGUUAUCAUCAAUAAUCAAUAUUGCAAUGUCAUUACUGAACUCAUUUAUGUUUGAGUUUAUAUUGAGCUUUGUUGCCUAUUGCAAAUUAAAAAAAGACAUCUAUUGUUUACAAACGCACAUUUUGUACAGGCAGUCUAUGGUCGGCCAUGUUACAGGAAGCCUGUGGUCGGCCAUGUUACAUGAAGCCUGUGGUCGGCCAUGUUACAGGAAGCCUGUGGUCGGUCAUGUUACAGGAAGUCAGUGGACGGCCAUGUUACAGGAAGUCUGGGUUCGGCCAUGUUACAGGAAGUCUGUGGUCGGUCAUGUUACAGGAAGCCUGUUUGUUCGGUCAUGUAACAGGAAGUUUCUGGUCGUCCAUGUAACAGGAAGUCUCUGGCUGGUCAUGUAACAGGAAGUCUCUGGUCGGCCAUGUAAUAUGUAGUCUGUGGUCGGUCAUGUAAUAUGAAGUGUCUGGUCGGCCAUGUCGUAGGAGGUUUAUGGUCGGUCAUGUAACAGGAAGUCUCUGGUCGGUCAUGUAACAGGAAGUCUCUGGUUGGUCAUUUAAUAUGAAGUCUGUGGUCGGUCUUGUAACAGGAAGCCUUUGGUCGGCCAUGUAACAGGAAGUCUGUGGUCGGCCAUGUAAUAGGAUUUCUCUGGUCGGCCAUUUAAUAGGAAGUCUGUGGUCGGUCAUGUAACAGGAAGCCUUUUGUCGGCCAUGUUGUAGGAGGUUUCUGGUCGGUCAUCUAACAGGAAGUCUCUGGUCGGCCAUUUAAUAGGAAGUCGCUGGUCGGUCAUGUAACAGGAAGUCGCUUGUCGGUCAUGUAAUAGGAAGCCUGUGGUCGGUCAUGUAAUAGGAACCAUGUGGUCGGUCAUGUAAUAGGAACCAUGUGGUCGGUCAUGUAACAGGAAGUCUCUGGUCGGCCAUUUAAUAGGAAGUCGCUGGUCGGUCAUGUAACAGGAAGUCGCUUGUCGGUCAUGUAAUAGGAACCAUGUGGUCGGUCAUGUAAUAGGAAGCCUUUGGUCGGCCAUGUUACAGAUUGUAUUAUUGCUGCUGCUGCUGCUUACGUCCUGUCAGUUGUACAGUUCCGAAACCUAUACUUUAUAUGUAAUUCCUAUAUCUAUUCACACACCAUUUUAUCUGAAUGAGAUAUAUAUAAUUGGGUAACACUUAAUUUUUUACUCGAGAUUUAAACUACAUUUUCAAUUAAAUAAUGUAUAUGUUUAGUCUCUAUAAUAUUAGGGAAAGCUAGUUACGAGCUGUAUUCAUACCGACGCUCAGCUACUUUUACGCAGAUGGGCCUUUUCUAUUAUUAGUCAGGGAUUCCUGGGCAUUUUUUUUAUCAUAUUCAAACGUAGAUUCUGUGGUAGUAUUGUUUUUCCAACGCCAUGAUUAGAAGUGCCAUGUGAAAUGUCUCCGUUGCCAUAUUUUGUACAAUUUUUUAGUGAAACUGUUGAUUUCUCUGUGUAUGCUAACAAAAAAUGACGUUAUUAUGCCAUGCGCAGUACACUUGACGGUGUCGCUCAAUAUUGUUGGCAGAUAACAGUUAUUUACAUAUAAUAUGUACAUAUGGAAAUUGCAAAUAUGGAAAUUGCACACAAUUCUGAACAAGUUUGCGAAGAGUGAAUAGCCCGUCAUGUGUCGUUGUCGGUCGUUAUGGGCCAGGCCAUACUAUAAAUAUAGGUCUUAAGAUAUAUAGCAUAAGGGGCCCCGUCACGUGAUAACUGUAUGUCUCGAUAGGCCCGGCUGUCACGGGAUAACUUUAGGUGUUUUUUCAUAUGUCAUAAGAAGCCUCGUCACAGCAUAACUGUCGAUUCUAGGAUAAGACAUAUGCGGCCCUGUCACAGGUUGACCAUAUGUCUAGGUCUGUGGUCUAACAUAAUAAACGGUAUAAUUAUUUGUAUUUUUAAUCGAUGAAGUGCUACUGUUUUAAAACCUAGUCGAUACUUACGAGUCUCGGGUAUUGGCGAUGGCUGUUAUCAUCCCGCUAUGUGCUCUUUUUGUUGUAAACUCGUUCGCACUCUAUGCCGUGUUGAUUGCGUAUUUCUAACGUAUAUACAUCCCAUGCUUAUCGAGAAAUUGACUUGAUCUAUUAGAAAACGUAGCAUUUGUUCAUAAAAAAACACCUUUAUUCAAGUAUAAAAAAAAUCCGUAACAGUUUACGAGUUAAGCCUUACCAAUGUAUAUCUGUAGUUUCGAUCUCGAAAUAAUUGGCAGGUUUUUGCUUUACAAACAAAAAUAUCGCAUCAGGGGGUAGUUGGAGAAGCCUUUUUAUUAUCAAACGGUAAACAACGAAUGAUAGCUUUGUAAACAUGGCAAGCAUACUGUUUACAUCAUCACUGAUGUCAUCAGAUUAAAUUGGAAAUUCAUAGUGUUUUAGUCAUAUAGAAAUGGUGUUCGUUAACCUAGAAAAAUGGUCGAUUAUAUUAAUGUUUGCCAUCCCAUUCCUUGUCCGUCCGUUCUAUGACACAGUCUGUGGUCAAAGACGUGAUUUGAACUUUCAAUCGAACUUAAUGAAUGAAUUUUGACCAAACAUGGACAUCAUUACGUUAAAAUGUUGAUAAUUGUAUUUGCAUGCGGACACUGCAAACUGCCUUUGUUUUCUUAACUCUUUUAAAGGAGGAAUUUCGCGGCACUGUAUUUAAUCAUCUAAUUACGCAUUGGUUGUCGAACGUAACGAAAUAAUAAUAAAAAUAUAAUACAGCAUGUCAAAAUUAACUAAAUUUACAUUCUUAGAAUCAAACUGUUUCGAUCGUUUUCCCUGUACAGUUUAAAAAAUCGGUCAAAGACAAUACUUUAACCGUAAGCUCCUCCACAUCACAGCGCUAUGCCGCCAAUGCGCCGUGUAGUGUUCCGUGACUGCGGGGACAAAACACUUGCUACUAUAACUGUCGAAAUGCGGAAAUACUAGUAGUACGUCAAUGUAAUGCCUCUUUACUGUCGGGUCGAUCCUAAAUGUUGACAUCAAACUUGAGUCUCAUUUUGUUAAGCAUGAGAUCCGUUUUCAAUACAUGCGGAAUGAUAGAUGAGCGAUACAGAUCUAGUGUUUAGAGCAUACUUGAUCUGAUGUUCAAAACAAUGACGCUUGACUUCUCCAUUAUUGUGCAAAAACACAACGUACUCGUUCUAUUCAUUAGUUCUGAGAUCUCAUAUUUUAUCUUCAGAAAGAGAGAAUUCAUGUUUUUUUUUUAAAUUGAACUACAGGUUUAUGAAUUAUAUUUUCAAAUUGCCAACAUGAUCAAUAUUUGACAUGGUAACUAUACCUCGAAUUAUUACAGGUAUACCUUCAUGUGUUUUUUUUAUGUUUUUUUUUAUUGUUCUUCUUGUCUAAAUCUUCAAAUUUUAGACACCUCUGGGACCUCAUUGUUUGUGAAUGUUAAAAUAUGUAUAUUCACUUUUACUUGUAAACAAAUUUAGUGCUAACAUCAUCAAUUGUUAACGUCUUUAAUUAUGUACUUAGAAAUCCUGAAUAUUAUUCACUUCUAUACAGAAUAUCGCCAUAACACAAUUUAAUUACUUUACAUUAAAAGUGAAGACAAUAAUGUUAAUUGGGAUGAAAAACCAUUGUAAUGCCAAUUAGUUAGAAAAAAAAUAUAUCAUUUACAAGAUUUUGUUUUUACAUUUACCUCCACGGACAUUUUUGAUACAUUGAUACAAAAAUUAUUCAAACGAAAAAAAAGUAACGGUUUAUAUUAUAUUGCAUUUUUCCAGAAUUUUACAUAUUGACUAAAAACGUAAUGAUUAAAAACAAAGAAAAUUACACUAGUUGAAUUUCUUUCCAUCUGAGAUUGUUUCCACAAUGACCGUUUGUCAUAAUUAUAUAAACCGAUCAUCUACCUGAUUCUUAACCGUACAGGCCUAAUUCAUUUUAGAUGUACGUAUAUCACAUCAUGUAAACUAAAGCAAAAGGGCGUUUAAAAUAAUGUCGAAAUUUAUCGGCCGAUGAUAUUAAGAAACUGUGGCGUUCCGGUAUGGUCUAUCUAUGCGUGUGUUCGUGCUGGUGAUUCUGUUUUCUACCUCUCGUAUAUAAAAGCGAUAUUGAAUAUAUGAUUGUACGUGUUAAAUAAUGUAGUAAAAAAUCGUAUAUAAUGUUUAGCGAUGUUAUUCUGUUGGAUUUCCGAUAUCUACCUCAUCAGUAUAACUGUAGAAUGAAAUUGACAUGUGCUUGUGUUUGUGUCCUUUACAAAUAAAAAUCUUCAGGAAAAUUUAAGAUGUUCGUG